CGAAUAUGGAGCAAGCCUUAUGCGUCACUUCCGGUCUCGUGAAUUACAGGACUCUGCCAACCACGGGCUGCAACGUCAUUGGUCGGCGCCGGAAAAACUUCCUGCCGUUUGCGGCGGAUCCCGGGCUGCCUUUUGGGUAGGUUUGACGCUGCGUGGAUAGGGUUGUAGGCUAGACCGGUGUCCGCCACCGCGGAUGGCGAGGGAUCUGAUCGGGCCGGCGCUGCCGCCCGGCUUCAAGGCUCGCGGGACAGCAGAGGACGAGGAGCGAGACCCCAGCCCUGUUGCAGGACCAGCUUUACCCCCUAAUUAUAAAAGCAGUAGCUCAGAGUCAUCAGACAGUGAUGAGGACAGUAGUUCAUUGUACGAAGAAGGAAAUCAAGAAUCUGAAGAAGAUGACACUGGUCCAAGUGCAAGAAAACAGAGGAGAACUCAGGAUGAUGACGAUGAUGAUGAAGGGUUUUUUGGACCAGCUCUUCCUCCCGGAUUUAAAAAGCAGGAUGAUUCUCCUCCCAGGCCUAUAAUAGGUCCUGCAUUACCACCUGGUUUUAUUAAAUCUACUCAGAAAAGUGACAAAGGCCGAGAUGAUCCAGGACAACAAGUAUCAUCAUAUUUCAACUAUGAGGAAACAGAUAGCAGUGAAGAUGAGGACAUUGUUGGACCCAUGCCUGCAAAAGGACCAGUUAACUACAGCGUCACGACAGAGUUUGAAAAAAGGGCCCAGAGAAUGAAAGAAAAACUGACCAGAGGAGAUGAUAAUUCAUCCAAACCAAUUACAAGAGAGUCAUGGAUGACUGAGCUUCCUCCAGAAAUGAAAGACUUUGGUCUCGGGCCCAGAACUUUUAAGAGACGAGCCGAUGAGAAAUCUGGGGAUCGAUCGGUCUGGACAGACACCCCAGCUGACAGGGAGAGGAGAGCUAAGGAAACACAAGAAGCAAGGAAGUCAUUCAAUAAGAAGGAUGAAGAACAUAUAUUGUCAGGAAGGGAAAAGAGAUUGGCUGAGCAGGUGUCCUCAUACAAUGAAUCGAAAAGAUCAGAAUCUCUUAUGGACAUUCAUCAUAAGAAAUUAAAGACUAAGGCUGCUGAAGAGAAAAAUAAGCCCCAAGAACGAAUACCAUUUGAUCGUGAUAAGGAUCUCAAAGUUAAUCAGUUUGAUGAAGCUCAGAAAAAAGCCCUGAUAAAGAAAUCUGGAGAACUAAACACCAGAUUUUCACACGGCAAAGGCAGUAUGUUUUUAUAAAGAGAGCACGCGCAGGGGAAGGCAGAGAGAGGAAGACAGAGGAUCCGAAGCAGGCUCUACAUUGACAGCAGGGAGCUCCGAUGUGGGGCUCGAACUCACGAACACAAGAUCAUGACCUGAGUUGAAGUUGGUUGCUCAACUGACGGAGCCACCCAGGUGCCCCAAUUUUUGUUUUGCUUAAAUAUUAUUAAUUCAUCUGGAGCAGGCAAUAUUAGUAAAGAGACUAUUUCACAAAAAUCUACUCUGGCCAACCAGAACAUUUUAGGAAGAUGGCUCACUUACCAGGUUUUCCUUAUCCCAACAUAACUACAAAUAGUAAUAUUCCUUAGAAAUUUAAGACAAAUUGGAAAUGCUUUUAAGAGCACCGUGGCACAAGAGGGGUCAUCCUGGGUUAUAACCAAGAUUCCAUUGUUCUGCAUGUUGUAAGGUUCUAUAACAGUUGGUGGUGUUUUCAGGAGUAUUUUAUUAGCAGAUUGUUUUUUCUUUCUCUCCUUUCCAAAUGCUUUGCAAAAGCAUGUAUUCUUUUAUAAUUUGGAGGGGGGCAUUAUCCCCCCUUUUUUCAAGUCCUAAUUUUGUAUUAUAUAUGCUUCUUUAGGGAAAGCAAUAAGGAAAGUCUCUCUGAGAUAUCAUUUAAGCUGAAACCUAAAAAAUGAAAAAGGUUUGGGGCAUCCGGCUGGCUCAGUUGGUUCAGUGACCGACUCAAGUCCUGAUCUCACAGUUCAUGAGAUCGAGCCCCGAGUCAGGCUCCGCACUGAGAGCAUGGCACCUGCUUAGGAUUCUCUCUCUUCUCCUCUCUCUCUGCCCCUCCCCCACUCACACUCUCUCAAGAUAAGUAAACUUUAAAAAAAGGAAAGAAAGGAAAAGGUGCUAACAGUGUGAAAAGUGACUGACCGCACAGGCAAAGGCCUUGAAGUGUUAAUUCUGAGGUGUUUGAAGAACCGCUCCAGUGUGGGUGGUGUGUAAGAACUAUGGGGGCUUAGGGUUGGUCCUUGCUACUGGUGCUAGGAAUCCCACAUAAGGGCAUCUAACCCAGUUUCAGUAGAUGGAAGGAAGCCUCCCAGAGGAGAAUAUACUUUAGCCAAGUCAUAAACACCAGAGAGGAGUUACCUAGAUGGAUUCUAAUACCAAAAAUCUGCCCGCCUGGCCUUCUAGAAUUUCCCAAACAUGCCUGAGUUCACCCUUUAGACCCUUGUUCUGAAGACUGUAUGUACUCCAUUAAUAAUGGUCAUCAGCAGAAAAUCAGUGCAUUGAACUUGUGCCCACACCUGUCACCAAAACUGUAAUUAUUUGAAGCAGAUCUGGGUUUUUCUCUUUUGUCAAAAUGUGUUAUAAAUUAUUAUUCAUUUCCUUCUCCUAGGCCUAAUUAUUAAGGAUUAUGUACAUUCUUUUAAAGAGCUCAAUAGCACCAGAGGAAUGCAACAGAUACCAAUUGAGUAAUUAAUCUUUAGAGUUCCAGGACAUGGAAGAACAUUUUCAUUUAGGGACAAGAAUACAGUAAAUCCAUCUAUUUCUUAAUUUGUAAUCCUUGAGCCACCAUCAAAAUCACCUGAGGUCAGGGGGCCACGUGGGUUGCUUAGUCGGUUAAGCCUCAGACUCUUGGUUUUGGCUCAGGUCAUGAUCUCACGGUCAUUGGAGAGUUCAAGUUCAAGCCCCACAUUGGGCUCUGCGCUGACAGCGAGGAGCCUGCUUGGGAUUUCUUUCCCUCCCUCUCUACCCCUCCCCUGCUCAUGCUCGCCCCGGCUCUCUCUCUUUCCUUCUCUCUCUCAAAAGAUGAAUAAAUAAACUUAAAAGGCAUGGUGGGGAGCCUGGGUAGCUCAGUUGGUUGGGCAUCCAACUUCAGCCCAGGUCAUGAUCUCACCGCUCAUGAGUUUGAGGCUCUGUGCUGACAGUUCAGGGUCUGGAGCCUGCUUCAGAUUCUGUGUCUCCCUCUCUCUCUCUCUGCCCCUCUCCUCGCAUUCUAUGUCUUCCUCUCAAAAGUAAAUAAACAUUAAAAAAAAAAAAUUUUUAAGACAAAAUUUUCAAGAACUUAUGCUAAAAUAUUAAAAAGAACUUCAAAACUCAUUUCCAAGUCUCUCUGAUAACCACCUUUUUUCCUGUCCAGCCCUUCCAUUUGGUUUCUUUAGGAUGAGGUCAGGUUGGACAAGCAGGCCAUAAGAUAAGGUAUUUAGUUGUAAAGUUUUCUCUUCAUACCGUCCAUGUGCUAAGAGAAAAACAAAUGUGCUCCUUUUAUCACUGGGCACAAAUGCCCUCACUAACAAGUUAUGCUAAUUAAGAGCAUAAACAUUGGAAACAGCAGCCUGGAAUCCAAUCCUGGCCCUGCCACUGGCUGUAUAGACUUGAGAAAGUUCCUUAAGCUGUCUCAGCAGUAAUUGGUCUUAAGAUGAAACCAAUAAUACCUCACAGGGUGUUACGAGGAUUACAGAAGAUGAUACAUAGAAACAGCACAAAAUCCAGCAAUAAAUGAUGGUUAUCACUGUAGACCCCUGGAUAAUAAGCCCACUCAGACAACUUUUGGAGACAGAUCUGCUUACUUCUUACGAUCUCAGAAUAGUCCUAUAUUUACCAGGACUCUUGGCAACAAGUGAGAGAAGCCUAAUUCAAACUGGCUUAAGCAAAAAAGGAUAAUUUAUCCCUUCGUGUAAUACAAAGUCCAGAGGGUAGCCCUGGCUUUAGAGACAACUGGAUCUGAAUGCCUAAGCUAUGCCAUCAGGAUUCUGUCCCUAUCCCUCAGCCAGCUUCCCUUUGUGUGGACUUCAUCAUUAGGUGGGCUUCCCAGUUGAUGACAGAUGUGGAUAGUGGCACCUCUAACAUGACAUCCUACCAUCUUAACAACCCAAUGAGAAGAAAACUUACUAAAUCCAGCCAAAGCCCAAGGACUGAUGCCAACUGGCUGCAAGGACAAGCUGUGGUCAUUUGUUCAUCCCCGAAUCGAUCAUAUGGUCAGGAGACACAACACCCGAUGACCCAGGCUGGUUCGCACCCCCUCUUGUGGAGCUAAACCCUCCCCAACCACACAGACUUCAAAGUUGGGAGGGCAGUUCCCUAAAAGAGAAUGAAGGUGCUGUAGCUGGGAACAAGGCUACACGCUACAACGGCAGAAACAUCUGAUGCUUGCUUUAGCCCUCAUCUGUUUUCAUUCCCACCAAUUUUCUAAUGAGAAAACCAGUGGUCUGCCAAAAUGGGAUAUCGCCACCUACCUGUCAGUUCUCCCCAGGUUAUCAGUAUUAGUGUCUGGCCAUUGUGAAUCUCCUUUUCAUCAGUUAUCUUCUAGUCCAGGUCUCAGGGUUAUGAGUCUGUGUUGGGGGAAGCGUGGGGAGGGCGCGUCCAUGCACUGAAGUGCUUUAGAGAUGCCUGAGACAGGUAAGGUUCCGCCCAGUAAGACAGCUCUGCGUGUCUCCUACUUACGGGCUUCCAUCGAAUCCUCUGGAUAAUACAAUUCAAUACACAAUACAAUUCAAAAUGAUUCAUUUAGCCUUUUCUAUUUACAAACAAGAUGAGAAAAAAGAAAAAUGAAAAAAUGUGACGAACUGCCAGCUUCAACCCAAUCAAUAACAAGGAAGCUUGCCUGACAUUGCUAAUUAAUCAUGUAUCUUGGAUAGAAGGUGUUCAGUGUCUGGGGCAGCUUGUGAGAGGGGUUAACCAAAGUUGGGGCCACAAACCCCCAAAUCAUAAAACGAGGUGGAGUCAAGAAGGGAGAUGGGAGAGUCUCACAUUCCUCUCCUGAGCACUGGAGGUCUGGGUCUGGAGAAGUGCCAGGGGUAGUGGCUGCAUCGCGGCCCCCAAAAGUCACAUCUACCCGGAGCAUCAGAAUGUGACUGGUUUGGAAUAAGGGUCUUGGCAGAUGUAAUUAAACUCGGGAUCUCAAGAUGAGAUCAUCCUGGAUUUAGGGUGGGUUCCGUCCAACGACAGGUAUCCUUAUUAGCGGAAGUGAUACCCUCCACACGCCAAGGAACUUUACAAGCCACCAGAAGUUGUAAGGGGCGAGGAACAAUUCUCCCCUGGAGACUUCAGAGGAAGCGUGGCCCUGCUGACACCUUGAUUUCGGACUUCUGGCCUGGGUUUUCUUUUUCUUACGUAUGUAACUAUUUCUCAAUGAGCUGUAUUUGUACUGCCUCCCGAGCAGUUGCACUUCGAUGGGGGCAGUAAUCACAUCAAUUUAGGUGUUAAUAAUACAAAUUAUACUUUAUUAGAGUAUGAGCUUUGAAUUCCCCGUUACAAAGCAGAAGAGGGUUCAGGAGUCAUUUAGACCGACGCACGGUGUAGCUGUAGCCAAAAGAACACAUUUUUUUUUUUUUAAAGCUCGUGGAGUACUGCAUGACGUAAGAGAGAAAAGAAAUACAAGAAAAAAACAAAGAGGUGCUACAUUUGGACAAACCCACCGUGUGCCUACCCAGAAAACGGUUUGU